UUGGAUGCCGUCGAGCCCCUGAGAGGCUCUACGCGAUCGGCGCCGCCAGGGUUCGGCUCUUGGCUGGACAAGCAUCUGGAGCUCCACGACCCUGCCCUCCGGGCCCCAGCGGGAGCGCGGCAGCAAAGUUGUGUCCAGCGCUUAUCCGCUUCCCUCUCUGAAGAAAGUGCUGGGACGACCGGUGCAUCCACUACGUUUUUACGGUUUUCCCACCGAGCUCGAUCGGAGCAGCCACGUCCGGAUGCAUGCCUCUCACGCAAAGAGAGACUCGGAGCUCUCUUCCGCAGGCUCGUCGUUGUCAACCUCGUCGCUCUUCGCCUCUGGUCACGGCCCCUUCUUCUCCAAUGCCUCGGAACCGUUGGGCCCGUCGCCUCUCAUGCACCUCCCACGCCCCGCGCUCUCCUCCAAGCUCCCUCCUCUCAGAAUCCCGACGCCGUCGACCGAGCGGCGAGACUCCCUCAUAACCUACGCCUACUCAAGCCAGCGCUCCGCCGCCCCGAGGAGCGCCGUCGACGCCGAUGUCGAACCCCUCCUCCCGCCGCUCAAGAGGAGCAGGGUCGGCAGCUUGCCUCGCCUCCAGUCCAUUGGAGAGCUCCGUCUCUUUCACGACCAACAGCCGUGUCUGCGCUGUAGAGCGACUCAGAAAGAGGUGGGAACAUCAUCUUCUUUUCUUUUCUCCUCUCUCCUCUUCUUCUCUAUACACUGGUGUCUCUGGGCCUGGACUAACUCAUGCUUCGUCUCCUUGCCGGAAAUUCAGUGCGAUAGAGGCCAGCCGUGCUCGGCCUGCUCGAACCUGCCAUUGAUAAGCUCCGAGGACCAUUGGGCCGUCAUUGGGACGUGUAUCUUCCCAGCGCACAUAGGGGAUCAUGUCAUGACCUGCAUGGACUAUCGAGAUGCGUUCUGGUGGUCAGGGCAACAAUCUUACAGGAGCUUUGAUGGACAUCAUGACGCGCAACAGCUGACCAGGGAUAUGGCUGACCGUCCUCCGCCGAUUCUCUGCGCCCUGGCCGCUAGCUGGAAUUGCCAGGAGACGUCAAGUAGCCCGCUCGAGCUUUUGAGGUAUACCGGAUACAUAUGUCCCUCCCGUGAGGUUGAGGAGUCACAGUACCCGGUCCUGUAUCAUGCGAAGGUGCUGCUCCGAGAGACGGCGUUCUACUGCCUGUUACACCCCAAGCCCGUUAUGCAACUGGAUCCCAGCUAUGGAUAUCGACCUCCCUCGGACCGCCUGGACUUUACGGGAGAGCACAGCCGCCUCGUGGAGCAGGCCAUGGUGGUAUUCUUGCAGGCGUUCGAGGCGAUUGCGUUGCGGAGUUCCCCUCUCCAAUCGAAGGAGUGGCUGGCAGUCUUCUACUCCCUGUGUAUCUUCAGCAUUGUCCGGACUCUGCUCAUGGAUCUCGCGUCGGUCUCCGUUCUGCCUUAUUCCGCCUUUCGACAUCGAAGCCCCCUCAGAGACAGCCCCCAGAACACGAUAGACAGCGUUUACAAGGCCCUUGUCCACCUAUUCAUCACGGGCGGACCGAUGUUGACGGAUGGCUCACCUAGCGACGUGCCACAGGAAGACAUCCCCGUAUUUGAGCUGACGCGGCGCAUCAUGCGAAUGGAUACGUGGCAAGCCCGGGAUAUUCGCUCCAGUGCAGAUUUCCUGAUGAGCUUAGGGAGCGGAAGGACAAAAGAUGUGUACGGAUUCAACGGCUUCAUCCGUCCUCUACAGCCAAUCGUGUCUCCGGGUAACGAUGCUCAACUAUCGACGCCCCAGUCCGUUUCGGCGCGUGAGCCGCGCUGGUCAUCCGUGGGGAGCUCCGCGUUUCCCCCUUCCUCUUCGCACAGGGAAAUACUGCUCGGACCGCAUCCAGAGGCGUUGGACGAUGCCAACAUCAGUCGCGGCGCCGUCACGUCGUCCCUGAGCCAGCCGGUCCCUGAACAUGUUGGACGUGCCAGAAGACAUACGGUUGCGGAAGCACCGACCAACAUCAAUUCGUCCAGCUCAAUAUUCGGAAACCACUUGACGCCCAUGAGGUUCAAGCCAGCCUAUCAGAGACCGCCUCUGCGGCGCGUAUUCUGUCGCAAGUGUCACGAAUACCCCGAGGGAUUCCGCGGAGAGCACGAGCUGAGGCGGCAUACUGAUGCCAAACACGCAGCGUUGGUGAAGCGAUGGGUUUGCUGCGAGCCCGAAGGUCAGAGCCCUGCGACUCCGCAGCCCGCCAUUCCCCUGUCGAGCUGCAAGGCUUGCGUGAUGCAGAAGCAUUACGGUGCCUACUACAACGCGGCGGCUCACCUUCGCCGAGCUCACUUCAACCCUCACCGCGGAGGCAAGGCCAGCGGAGACUGGCCGCCCAUGUCGCUUCUCAAGGACUGGAUGCGCGAAGUGAGACAGUCCGUCGCAGACGCGGCCGGGGACGCGGACAAUGAUAUGUCGAGCGAGGGCGAGGAGGACGAGGACAUCAAGCAGUCCACUAGGACGAUGGUCUCGAGGAGCCCGGCUGGUCGACUGGCACCGCCGCCGCCUCCUCCUCCUCCGUUGUCGCUGCCGCCCCCGUCAUCGUCCCAGCCGCCGAUUCCGCACCACCUACCACGGCCGAUGCCGACACCGCCAGCGCCCGAGAAUCGUAGCCGAUGUCCGUUCCCCGACUGCGGGCGCGUGUUCAAAGACCUCGCGGCUCACAUGCUCACGCACCAAGAGGAGAGGCCGGAGAAGUGCCCGAUCGAAUCGUGCGAAUAUCACACAAAAGGGUUUGCCCGCAAGUACGACAAGAACCGGCACGCGCUCACCCACUACCGGGGCACCAUGGUCUGCCCAUUUUGUCCAGGUGUCGGCUCAGCGUACGCAAAGGCAUUCAACCGAGCCGACGUGUUCAAGCGGCAUCUUGCCGCGGCCCAUCAGGUCGAGCAGGCGCCUUUGCAUAGCCAUACCACCAACAGAGGCGGUCGGCUCAUCACGCUGUCUGCCAACUCGGGCGCCAGCGCCAUCUGCUCCAUCUGCAACAACCGCUUUGCCGCGCCACAGGACUUUUACGAACACCUGGACGACUGCGUGCUAAGCGUCAUUGUUCCGGCGGGAACUCGAGCGGCCAUGGAUACGAAUAACGAUGCCAACGACGACGAGAGAAAGACAAUAAGAGGAGGAUCAGCCGGAGCCGGGGCCGGAGGAGCUGGCGCAGCCGGGGAACGAACAGCUGGGAUGGGAAAUGGAAACGGAAAUGGGACAGGCAACGGGAACGGGACGGGGACAGGAACAGGAUCUAUUGACGGUACACAGGCAA